AUGUUGAUCAGGACUUUGGCGUUAAUCGUUUUGCUAGCUGGGCAAGGCUGGUGUGACUUAAAGCUUCCAAUUCGCAAUUUGGAAAAUAUACUUUCAUCUUUAAAUGCGGGAGGAGGCGGUCCUCGUCCUGGUUCUGGUCAUAAAACCAGCUCCAAAGCUGGCUACGAUGCCUAUUUGAAUGGUUACAUCAGCUAUCUUCAGUGGCAGCAGUAUUACCAAUCCCUAGCAGCUUACGAGUUGUACGCGAUGUAUUAUAAUCCUUACGGAUAUGGACCUUACCCAGGGCAUUACCCAGGUCCUUACCCAGGUCCUUACCCAGGGCCUAAUCCACCACCACCCACAACCACCACUACAACAACCACCCCAGCACCUGACACAUCAUCAUCCACCAGCUCUACUCCUACAACCUCCACGGCACUACCCACCACAACCGGACCAGUUACCACUUCAACGGCAGUGGCUCCAACAGAUACUGAUACCACCUCUACCGCUGUGGCUCCUACGAAUUCAGACACCACUUCAACAGCUGUACCGACCACAACCGGACCUAUAACCACAUCUACAGCGGUAGCUCCUUCAAAUUCUGAGACCACAUCUACGGCUGUGGCUCCUACAGACUCUGAGACCACAUCCACAGCAGUGGCCUCGCAAGCAACCACUACGCCAUCACCCACAACUUCCACUGCAGUGGCUCCUCAAAAUACAGAUACUACAUCCACGGCAGUUAUACCAAACCAGGCAGAUAGCUUAUACCUUCGAGACUAUACCACGCCUAGACCCUCCUACUUUGUGCCCAGCUCGUUGAUCAGUCCCUACACCGUGCAUCGUAUUAAUCCCCAACAGAUCUACAUUCCAAACUCUGGAGCAUCAGCCUCAGCUUCAGCUUCAGCCCAGCGUAUUCCUGUUUUCAUACCAUUUGAUCCAAUAUAUGAAGGAACCCAGUUUGAUCCUUACUACCAGUUUGUGGGAGUUGUAUCCCAGGACUCCGGGCCAGAAAACAUCCGUACGGCCUUACCCUUGCUCUAUUUGCUGGCAUAUCCGGGUGCCGUGCCACAAAUUGGGGCACCCCUGCCAGGAAUCCCAAUUCGGAGACCACAAGACGAAAUACCAGUACGAAGUCCACAGGUUGAUACAACUGCCAGCAAUGGAAAUAUGAAAUUGCCGCUGUCCGAUGAAGCCCCAAGCUCUCAGCAGACAAAUAACAUUGUACGGGAGCAGUUUCUGCAGGGCAUUCUUCAGGGCUUGCAGCAGUCGGGCCCUGGAACGAUUAGCCCCACAAUUUCACCCGCUGUGCUGGCGGACUUUCUCGCCCAAGCCACCACCACCACUACCCGAAAGCCCUCAGUGGAAAAAGAUGCCAACGGGUCUGAUAACGAUGAGGACUACGACUACAUAGAUUUUAAGAACGGGUCGCGCAUCAAAUACGACAUCGACGAGCCCGUGAACAAAGUGCUUCAGCCAACUUCAAAGCCAACCGCUUCAACUGGUCCUGCGAAACCUUCUAGUGUCCUUUAUUACAGACGCCCAACAAAUUACGUCUACUAUAGACCAGUCUACGUGCCCUACCGCUUGGGCUAG